AUGAUAAAAAAUGGUAAAUUAUGUAGUACUUUAACAAAAUUCUUAUGCACUAAUAAGUUUCCAUUAUUUAGAUACAUAAGUAGUCGGAACUAUUUUGAAAAGGGCAAUGUGAAAAAUGUAAGUGGAGAAAAUAGUAAUUUGAAGGAUUCAAUUAAUCAACAUAAUUGUAAUUUAUCUGAAUUAAAAAUAGCAAAACAUUUUAGGGAAAUUUUUCAUGAUGGAUCAGAAAAAAAUUUUGAAAGUCAUCCAUUUAAUAGAAGAUUUGCUUAUAGUAAAAAAAGUUUUUUUCCUAUUGAACCUAGAAAUCUAAGAUCCUUAGGAUUAAAUAGACAAAGAAAAAAAAAAAGAGGAAGGGGAGAUAAAUGCCCAGGUAAGGGAAUAAGAGACAAACACAAACAUAGAAAAUCUGGUAGACCUAAUAGUCGAACAUUUGAGAGUGGUAGAACCCCUUUAUAUAGAAGAUUACCAAAAUGGCCUGAAGCAUGGUUAAGUAGACAAAAGAAAAAUUAUGAUUGUUUAAAUUUAUCUAAAUUGAGAUAUUUUAUUGAAAAAGGGAGAUUAGAUAUCAGAUUUCCUAUUACUCAAAGACAUUUACAUGAUUCAAAAUGUGUAAAAGUAAAAAAUGGAGUAAAACUAUUUAACGUUAAUGAUUAUCCAUUCCCUUACAAAAUUGAUAUCGAAGUUUCUAACGCAGAUCAAUCCUCUAUAGACGUUAUCAAAAAAGUUGGAGGAUCAGUUACUAUUAUUUAUAUGGAAAGAGUUAAUUUAAGAGCUCAUAUAAAGCCUUAUAAAUUUGAAAUUUUACCAAAAACAGCAAGACCAAACCUUGAUAUGAUUCAUUUUUUAGAAAGAAUGAGAAGUAAAGGGUGUAUUGUUAAAUAUAUCAAACCUUUAUGGUUAAUAGAAGAAGAAAAAAGAAUUAUAAAUGAAUUAACAGAAAUGGAAGAAACUUCUAAAUUAUGUGAAGAAUUUGAUACAAACAAAACUACUCGUAUAAAAGGAAAAGGAAAUAGUGUAAAUGAUGAGAAAUAUAAAUAUGAACAAGAAGAAGAAGAAGAAGAAGAAGAAGACGAAGACGAAAAAAGAGAGAGGUUAUUGCAAAAAUAUCGACUACAGUAUACCCAAAUGAGAAAAGAUGAUUAA